AUGGGUUACGAAUACAUCAACGUUACUUCGUGCUUGGUCACUGGUAUCGUCCUCACAGCCGCGACUGUCAUUGCAGUCGCCCUUCGAGUGAGUGUAGCAGCAGAGAAGGCCGUCAAAUCCAGAGAUAGGCGAUUCAACAAGCAUCUCGACGACUUCUUCUGUCUCCUUGCUCUUCUCCCAACCAUUGGUGUCUCUACCGUUAUGAUCUAUGGUGCAGCCAAGGGAAUCAUUGGCGGACACAACGGCCCGGAUAAUAUCGAGGGUUGGAUCUACAGCACCACACCAGAACUGGUAAUUCUCGAAAAAUGUGUGUACAUGAUUUUUAUCAUGCAGCCGCUCGCUAUUGGUCUCACGAAACUCGCUUUCUUGUUCCUCUACCGUCGCAUCUUCACAUGGCCUGGCUUCCAGUGGACUUCUCUGGUCUUUAUCGUCCUCACUGUCGCUUUCACAAUUGCCUUCUUCUUCGGCUUCAUCUUCGACUGCCGUCUGAACUUUGCCGCCAAUUGGGGCUCUCUGGCAAGCAUCGCCGAGAAUUGUCCUUUUGGUUUCGAGGCAACAAUCGCGUUUACGGUUCUCGAUGCCGUUUUUGAUCUGUGCAUCUUGCUUCUGCCCCUUCCUUGGAUCUGGCGUCUGCAAAUGCCCACUGUUCGCAAGAUCCAGUUGUGCGGUAUCUUCCUACUCGGAGGAUUUGCUGUCGCUUCUGCCAUCGUUCGCAUGGUCAUCUGUAUCAAGCAGAACACACCCUCUGCUGCACUUGAUCAGCAGUUCAUCAUGGGCAUGCCCACUUACGAUAUCACUGGCAUCACCUCGCACGGUCUCUUCUGGACUGUCGUUGAGACCAAUGUCGCCCUCAUUGCCUGCUGCCUUCCCAAGCUACGACCCGUGCUCAGCAUGGCCGGCCUGGGAAGUCUCAUGGUUUCCAUGGGCUCUCUCCUUCAGAGAAUGGGCUCCAGCAUGGGUACUCAGAACUCUAACAGUGCCAGCAACGGCAGUGGCCAGUUCAGCAAGAUCUCAGCUGCUACUGUCGUCACAGUUGGCAGCAAACCCCGCAGCCAGUUGGGCCAUUACCGCUCGCAGGAGAAGGACCGCACUGGUAGCGAUAUCAGCCUCGUCGAGAUGGGCAACAAAGUCGAAGCAGCGGCUGUGGUAGAGAAGCAGGUGUCGCCUGACCCUUACGACACAUACGAGGUCGAUCUUGAGGACAGGAAGUACCUGGGUAGGAAUUCACCAAGCAGGUUUUCCCAGUGA